UUCUAUAUAAAGCACCAUACUAUGACAAAUAUUUUGUGAGCACAGUGUAUAGCACUAUUUAUUUGGUCUGAUAUUAAUUAAGUUCUACCAUUUUUUACAAGUUCAGAAUUCAGAUCUUCUACUUCAGUAUAAACAUGUCGAGUAUAAGUAUCUCUUCGUCUUCCUUGAUCAAGGUUGCACCAUCAAUAAGAUCAUCCGCCUUUACCAAACCGCGAUCCUCAUUGUGUUCUAUUAAGGGAAUUUCGAAAGCAUUUGGCUUAAAGUCUUCGUCCUCGUUCAAAGUCAGUGCAAUGGCAGCAUACAAGGUGAAACUAAUAGGCCCUGAUGGUAAAGAGAACGAAAUUGAAGUGUCCGAUGAUCAAUACAUCCUCGAUGCAGCAGAGGAAGCUGGUUUGGAGCUGCCUUACUCGUGCAGGGCUGGUUCGUGUUGCACUUGUGCAGGACAGUUAGUUUCUGGUUCAGUUGAUCAAUCUGAAGGUGCAUUCCUUGACGAUGAUCAGAUGCAGAAAGGUUACUUACUGACCUGCAUUUCGUACCCGAAAUCAGACUCUGUGAUUUACACACACAAGGAGGAAGAAGUUCAUUGAGUUUUUGUUUAAUGUGUUAACUCAUUCUGUGUUGUUUUUUAAGGCAAUUGAAGAGUGUUAGAAAAACUUGUCCCAGAAAAGGGAAAUAGGAAAAUAAGAAACAGAGUUGUUCUGUACUGUCCACUAGUAUUGCUUUCUUGAAAAUGUGUCAUUACUUUAAUGAAUUCAAAUUCAUAAAAUAAUUUGGAUGAUAUUUCAAAUUAUUUAAG